CUCUAUUCUCCUUUGUUUCGCCUGCUCUACGCAAUUCCUCCUCUUACUCUCUGGGCAGACUCGGUCUAAUUUCCCCGACAUCCGCCUCUCGUGCCAGGAUGCUUCAUCGCUGCUGAUCCAACUGCCGUGGCUGGAUAUCGGUACAACCCCGGACUCGCUAAAGUACCAUGCCGACCACUGCUGCAGCUGCCUCUGCUCAACAGACUCCACCGCCAUCCCGAUUCCAUGGCGAUCUGGAACGGGAGAACAGCGGGGAUGAAUCCUGGUCCGCGGUCGAUAGCGAUAAUGAUCGUGUUGCGCAGAACGGGUCGAGCGUCCCUCGUGCGCUGAAACGUAAACGACCCCUCACAGUGUCAUGCGAACUAUGUAAGCAGAGAAAAGUCAAAUGCGAUCGAGCCCAGCCUAGUUGUGGGUGGUGUGCCCGCAAUGGCCAACUGUGUGAGUAUAAGGAGCGGAAGAAGCCUGGUCUUCGCGCAGGUUAUGGCAAGGAGUUGGAACAAAGGCUAGAUCGGUUAGAGGAGGUCAUCCAGACACAGGCCCGCCUUAUCGAGACGCAUAUUCUGCACAGCCAACCCAGCAGGAGUCACGAAAUCCCCGGGCCAGGACCAUUCUCUUACAGUUCCCCUUCAGAGCCAGCUCAGGGCCCUAGCCCUCAUAAUGCAUUCUAUUUUCAUGAGCCACCACCAAUGGUUCCACCGCCGCGUCCGUCUGAUGCAUCCAUCACCAGCCCCUCGGACAUAUCAGCCAAGAACACCAUACAUAGCCACCUUUCAACUGCCAUGCCUGCGCCAAGUUCUAUACAAUCAGCGUCGAAUAACCCGCCCCACAACGAUUAUACAGGGAAUGAAUCGUCGCUAAAAGUCCCGGUCAAUCUCUAUGCCAAUCAGGAACAGUCACUGGCGGAUCCAGAGCUUGACCUACCGCCGUACGAUCUGUUGUAUGCGCUGGUGGACCUUUACUUUGAACAUAUCAAUACUUGGUGUCCCGUUCUUCAUCGUCGCACCACUCUGGACACCUUUUUUGGUCCGUCUCCACUUGAAGAGGCGGAUAGAACGGUGCUAUACGCUAUCGUUGCGACGACACUUCGCUUCUCAAGUGACAGUCGGCUUAACGAACAGAACCGCAAACGGUAUCAUGACUCCUCAAAGCAGAAGGUACUGCUUUACGGACUCGAAAACUCAUCGGUCAAGGCCCUCCAAGCGCUGGUGAUUCUGGCUCUGGAUCUCGUGGGAUCUUCCAACGGUCCUCCCGGGUGGAAGCUGCUUGCACUGAUUACGCGGUCCGUGGUCCAGCUGGGACUAGCCGUAGAGGCCAAAUCUUCACUCAUUGCUCCUAGCUACCCCUCCAUCUAUACUCUCAGAGCUGUCACGCUGCCAGAACCCGAAUCUUGGAUUGAAGACGAAAGCAGGCGGAGGCUUUUCUGGAUGGUAUACCUGCUGGACCGUUAUUCUACCAUUGCAACCGCCUUUGAUUUUGCCUUGGACGAUAAAGACAUUGACCGGAAGCUCCCAUGUAAAGACGAAUACUUCCUCAAAAGCCAGCCGGUCGAAACCAGAUGGUUUCAACGAUCGAGUGACCGUGCUGAUUACGUGACGCGUGCCGAAAAUGUUGGAACCUUCGGACUCUAUGUCGAAGUGCUGGGAAUUCUCUCUCGGAUCCAUACAUUUCUAAAGCGACCCGUUGACAUAGGGGCUUUGUCGGAUGUUGAAGAGUGGCAGGCUACAUACCGCAAGUUGGACAGCGAGUUGACCUCUUGGGAAUUCGGCCUCCCAGCCGAAUAUGCCUACGAAAACUCAUCCCGGCUGUUCAGUGGUUCGAAGAGCACCAAGGGAGUCCAUUGCGAUUGGGUUCAGCUUCAUGCCACGUAUCAAACUGCGGUUAUUCGGCUUCAUUCGUCAGCAGCAUACCCAACCACGCGAUCUCCAAUAUUCACCCCUUCUUACAGUGCAAGCCAGCGAUGCUUACUUGCAGUCGACAACAUCCUUUCCGUGACUCAUUUUGUCGUGGACAACAACAUGCUCGAUAAACUGGGACCCCCGUUUGCCUUUACCCUUUGGGUUUCAGCUCGAUUGUUACUUGUCCACGGAUCUACGAUAGCUCACACGGUUAGCCCUGAUAUACUGUUCUUCGUCGACACACUUGCCCAGAUGGGGAAGUACUGGAAGGUAGCAGAACGCUACAGUUCAAUUCUGCAACGUGUCCUCGACGAAUACGGGGAAUACCAACAAUCCGGCGUAUCCGACUGCGAGCGAGCCACGCCAUCCACCGUAAAGAUACUCGCAGACAUGCGUCGUUGUGCAUUCGACCUAGACUUUCUCAUCUCACGGCAACCGCGCACAUCUCCAGCCAGUAGCCAGCGGUCGGCGCCCGCAGCGACAGUCAGAAAUCCGGCUCCCAAUGAACUUGAAUACCUCGACGUGUUCGGUUUCUUCAAUGUCCCGCGUGUUCCAGCCGCUCGAGCUCCAGAUAUACUCAGUCUGGACAUCAGCGAUCCAGUCAACAAUCCAAUGUCAGUCAAUGGGUUGACUGGGGCUGGCAACGCCAAUCACGUCGUUGAUGGGACGCACUCCAACACCAACGAAUUCAAUAUCACAAACUACUUGAUUCCAACCCCCGAGACUGAUUGGCUCUUUCGUCCUAGCGGAUGAAUGAAACCGGGUGAUUCAUUCCCGUGUCUGACGAAUAUCUCACUUCAAGGCAGUGGAAACUUCCUUCCAGGCUAUGCUACAUAGCUAGGGAGAGAUCCCACAUUUCUGGUGAUAUGGUAUAUACCAUCACAACUCUCGAGAUCUGCUGGCAUGAGUAGGCAGCUACUGGCUUCGUCGAGGUACUCCCUUCGAGUGCUGAUUGUAUGAGGCGAACAAGUCCUGGAGUUUUACGGUCCUAGCCUGAUGUGUUCAUACACAAGGCUUGCUCGAAUUCCAUGUCUCAUAUUCAACCGGGAUCUGGUCGGUUUCAUGAUCCAUCCGAGCAGUGCAUCACCCGGAUUCCUGUAAUUCUAUUCCUGUCAUACU